AUGGCCUCCGGUGAGCUCCCACCGUCCAAGAAGAAAUCCGGCCCCACCACCAUAUGCUCCCUCGGCGACGACCUCCUGUGCGAGGUGUUCCUCCGCCUGCCCUCCCUCCCGACCCUCGUCCGCGCCGCCCUCACCUGCCCCGCCUUCCUCCGCGCCGUCCGUUCGUCCCCGAAAUUCCGCCGCCGCUUCCGCGAUCUUCACCCCGCCCCGCUCCUAGGCGUCUUCCUCGACGUCUACGACCCCGGCAUGCCCGCCUUCGUGCCCAUCCGCCGCUGGUCCGACCCGGACCACGCUGCCGCCGUCCGCGGCGCCGACGUCUUCCUCACCCGCGUCCCCGACGAUGAAGACGAAGGGUCCGACGAUGAGGACGACGGGGAAAGCGACAGCCUCGGGUGGUCCGGGUAUUACGGAGGCGAAGGCGACAGAGCCGGGUGGUCGAUGACCGGGUGUCGCGAUGGGUACGUGGUUCUCGUCAACCGGGGAACCAAGCGGGCGGCUGUCUACGACCCCCUCACACGGAGCCUGCAUCUCCUCCCCGCGCCGCCCGUUGAGAUCUGCGAAGACCCCGAAGAGGCGGAAGUCGAGUUCCACGUGAUCACCUCGGAAGAGGACCGCCGGUCACUCCGCGUCGUCUUCGUCUGCAAGGAAAGGGGGAAAGUGCGGGUCGCCGUCUUCUCGCUGGACACCAGGGAGUGGCAGAUCUCCCCAAAAGGGGCGCGCCUGCAGCUGCAGGACGAUGACAGUGGUACGCUAGUGAACGGGUGUGUCUACUGGGCAUCCGUAAGCGAAGACGCUAUUCAUCUGCUGAACACGGCAACACUGCAAUUCUCCCGGAUGGUUCUGCCGCGGCGUAUGCGGCGAAUGGGUCUCAAGGUCGGUCAGACCAGUGAUGGGAAGCUCUGCUUGGCCUGCGCAUCUGAACUCACUCUUGAUGUCUGCUUCCGGAGAGCAGAUGACAAUGGUGUCGAUAAAUGGAUACUGAACAGGACAUUUGAGUUGGUGGACGACAUCGACAAGCUCCGGCUACAGUUUGUAGAUCGUUUCCCAAGACUGGAGGUCGUGGCCAUCAUCGGUGGCAUUGUGUAUCUGUCUACUUUCCAGGUAGAGCAUCCUAGUUCUUCUGGCUGCUUCCUAUCAUUCUGCAUUGAAACAGAGGAGCUGAAGGAGGUCUGCCCUAUCACCAACUCUGAUUCUUCAUAUCCCUACAUCAUGGCGUGGCCUCCUGUUUUGGUAGGCAAUAAGGUGAGCUCUCUCGGCUAG